GGAAUUUUGCGAAGCGCAUCACAAGCAUCCACUGUAUACCAGCUACCUCCUUAAUCAAGCCCAUCUCAAUCAUCACGACCGCUACCACCGCACGCUGAACGAGAUAUCUCCAGACUCCUAAACAACCACCAGUCAAAAUGCCCCCCAAGGUUGUGCGCGUUCAGCCCGCUGGCGGCCGCUCGAGGCCCGCCCAGCCCCGUGGUGUUGUUGGCGCGACAUAUGACUUUAUCACCGCGCCCGAGUACGCCUCUGUUGUGCGCAGCGUCGCUGCCUUUGGUGUUGGUGUUGCCUUCUUGGCCAGCUCGUUCGGCGAGUACUUUGACCCGCAAUGGUAAACACAAUCAACGAUAACGCUUGGAGCGGUUUCCACGCGAACCGGAGAGCAGGGAACCCAGACGGAAUAGAGGAAGUUUGCGCGUUCUGUGGAAGCGCUGUACCAUCAUCGACAAAACCACAUACUACCAUCAACUGUAUAAUAUCAUGUAUCCCGGGACGAGGAGAUGGACCUCGGGGAGGAGAUUAUCGACAUAUCUGCAGCAUUGCAGAAACGACAAUAGACGACCUUAAUCACG